GAUUCAUUGAAGAGUAGCCUUUUCAAUACAAGUUAGUGUGUAUAUAUAGGGAGGAUAACAACACAUGUGUGAGUCAUAUUAUAAAAUGAAAUAAUCCAAAUAGUAUAUAUAGUAUGAGAGAGAAAUUAGAUAGCAUUUGUCUUUGAUAAGAGAAUCAUCAUCAUCAUCAUCAUCAUGGGAAAAGGAAGAGCACCAUGCUGUGAUAAGAGUCAAGUUAAGAGAGGACCUUGGAGCCCUGCUGAAGAUCUUAAGCUUAUUGCUUUUGUUCAGAAAUUUGGUCAUGAAAAUUGGAGAUCUCUCCCUAAACAAGCAGGUCUUCAACGUUGUGGGAAAAGCUGUCGUUUGAGAUGGAUCAAUUAUCUUAGGCCUGAUUUAAAGAGAGGCAAUUUUACAGUGGAGGAAGAGGAUACCAUUAUAAGGCUACAUAAGGCCUUUGGAAACAAAUGGUCAAAGAUUGCAUCAUGUUUGCCUGGUAGAACUGAUAAUGAGAUCAAGAAUGUGUGGAACACACAUUUAAAGAAAAAGCUUGUUGUCAAAAAUUCAGAGUCAACAAGUGGAGAUGAUGAAUCCAAGUUAGAAUCAUCAAUAACUUCACCUUCUUCAUCAGAAUCAUUUAUAUCAAAUGAGGUACAAAUAAAAGAUUCUGAAAAACAAGUAUCCAACAAUGAUGAACUUGAUAAUAUUAUCAAUGAAGAUCCAAAAGGGUCAUCAUCAAAUUCAUUAUCAUCUUCAUUUGAGUCAAAUAUUUUGAACUCAAGUCAAAUUGUUAAUAAAAAAUUGCUUGAGCAAGAAUUGGCUCCUUUAGGAACUUUUGAUAUUGACAAUAUAUUAGAAGAGAUGGAAAACACAAAUGACUUAAUUGAAAUACCAUGGGAAUCAGAUUAUGAUCUUUGGAAUUUUAUUGACAAUAUUGGAUGUUAUCAAGCAAGUGUUGGUGAAGAAAAUGUUCAAAAUAAUGAGAAUGAGUUUGGAGCAUUAGGUGAAAAAAAGGAGUCAAACAAUGAGGUCCUACCAAAGAAUUGUGGAGUUGAGCAAGAAAUUAACCUUCAUGAGGCAUUUGAUUUCAAUGAUAUUAUAAUGUCUGAUUCUGAAUUAGACUUUGGUGAUAUUCAAUUGUGGCCUUCUAUGCCACAUAAUAGUAGUCCUAAAGUUUAAUAUACAAAACCAAUAGUUUGAAAAAAGUUUAUUUGAGAUUCAUGAAUAUGUGAUUUACUCAAUAUAGGUAUACAAACAUUGACAAAUUAAUCAAUGUUAUUAGGUAUCUUUGAUGUAUGAUGGAUUUCAUGUAUUUAGAAAAUCAUGUUAGAAUAGUUUGUAACUUAAAGCUCAAAUAUGAAAUAAGCAUCAAUUUGAAGUA